AUGCAAGAAUCUAAGAAGCCCUAUGUGAAGAACACUCAAGUUGAGAAACAGGUAGAGAAGCAACCUCCAAAGUUUUCUCCCAAUGAAGGAGGUAAGAAAUCUACCCCAAUACAAUGCUUUAAGUGUCAUGGUUUUGGCCAUAGAGCAAGUGAAUGCGCCAAUCGGAGAGCCUUUCUUUUGAAAGAAUCUUGUAGUGACGAUGAGGGAGAACAUGAGGAGAAAAAUAGUGAUGGGAACAAUGAAAAUGAGAGUGAUGAAGAGCGAGAUGAUCCAGAGGGUGAUGGAGAUGUCAUUGUUCCAAAUUGUUUGGCAAGAAGGGUGUUGAUAUGUAUGGCCAAACCUCAAGAAGGGGAGAUUACCAUCCCAAAUUAUGUGGUAAGGAGAAUGAUGAUAAGCAAGGCCAUGGAUGAUCCUAGCCAACAGGAGAAUCUUUUCCACUCCAAGUGUGUUAUCAAUCAAAACAUGUGUGUUAUGAUCAUUGAUAGUGGGAGUUGUGUGAAUGUUGUUAGUACGACAUUGGUUGAUUUCUUAAAGCUUCCCACCACCACUCAUGAACAUCCUUACAAACUCCAAUGGCUCAAUGAAUGUGAAGAAUUGAAGGAUUUUGAUUAUGUGUUUCCCACAGAGCUUCCAAAGGGAUUGCUACCCUUAAGGAAAAUUAAGCACCAAAUUGACUUUGUCCCGGGGUCACAAUUUCCAAACAAUCCGGCUUAUAGAGCCAACCCGGAUGACACCAAAGACCUUCAAAAACAAGUUGGCGAACUCCUUGAAAAAAGGGGUUGUGCUAGAAAGUAUGAGUUUAUGUGCCGUGCCUGUGAUCUUGGUGCCAAAGAAAUAUGGAACAUGGCACAAGAACAAAUUUAUGCUAAUGUUGCUAAAUGCUCUUUUUGUGUCGAUGAAGUUGUUUUCUUGGGUUUUGUUGUGAGUUCGAAGGGCGUUAAGGUUGAUGAAUCCAAAAUAGACGCUAUUAAGAAUUGGCCAACUCCUAAAUCCAUUGGUGAUGUAAGAAUUCUUCAUAGAUUAGCUAGUUUUUGUAGGCGGUUUGUUAAAGGAUUUAGUACUAUAGUCGCUCCUUUGACCGAGGUAUUAGUGCGUUUUGAUGCGAGACCAAAACCCAUUGCCUAUUUUAGUGAAAAGCUUAAGGGUGCGACGUUGAAUUACUCCACCUAUGAUCUUGAAUUAUAUGCUUUGAUUAGAGCUUUGGGUAAUUGGCAAUACUACUUGUGGCCUAAAGAGGUUGUGAUUAGGGCUGACCAUGAGUCCUUAAAGAAUCUUAAGGCCCAAGGAAAGUUGAACAAAAGGCAUGCUAAGUGGGUUGAAUUCCUUGAAAGCUUCCCUUAUGUAAUCCAAUACAAAAAGGGAAAGGAUAACGUAGUGGCGGAUUUCCUACCAAGGAAACAUAUUUUAAUUAAUACGUUGUCUUCCAAAUUGAUAGGUUUUGAAAGUUUAAAGACAUUGUAUCCCGAGGACCCCGUCUUUGCAAAAAUCAUUCCAGAAUGCGAAGAAUGGGAAAGGGAGAGAUGGAUUAGGGAUAGGUCUUCUACUCCAUAUUCAAAGUUUGAUGGUUUUUUGUACAAGAACAAGUCACUAUGUAUGCCCAUGAGCUCUUGGAGGGAGUUAUUUGUGAGGGAGGCACACAAUGGGGGAUUAAUGGGACAUUUUGGCAUUGAUAAGAAGUUGGAGAUUCUUGAGGAGCAAUUUUAUUAG